AGCAGCAUGUUCAGCCUCGCCAGCUUCCUCAGCAGUUGCAACAACAACAGCAUGUGCAACAGCAACAGCAACAACAUGCCCCACAGCAGACCCAACCGCCGCCGCCGCAGCAGCAGCAGCAGCAGCAGCAGCAGCAACGUGUACAGCAGCAGGUCCAUCAGCAAGGGCACCCGCAAGCCCAAACACACCAGCAACACGCUCAACAACCUCAACAUCCCCAACAUCCUCAGCAGCAUGUUCAGCAGCAGCAACAACAGCAACAUCAUCCACAACUCCAGCACCCCCAGGCCCAGCUGCAACAACCUCAGAUCCAACAUCCGAGCCCGCAAAUGCAUCAGCAACAGCAGUUUGCUCGUCCCCAGCACACACCCUCCCCGGCGCCCACCACUCAAGCGCAGUUCUCGAUACCGCCGAACCAGCAGCGUCCUGCCUCUCAGCCGGGCUCGCCUUACGUGCCUCAGAACUACGCCACUACUCCCCAAUCGACCGCGGCCCCGACGCCGCCAGCUGCUAGUCCCAAGUUUGCGACAACGCAAUCGCCAGGUCUCCCGCAAUACAACCAGUCUUUCACAAACGGAAACGUUUCUCAGCCAUCCACACCAUUGGCUGUGCCUUCCCCGGGUCCGACCCCGGCCACAACUCCUGGAACAGGUCCUACUGUUUCACACGGCGCGGGCUUGCAGAUGCCUGAGAGCAGGCUAUCCAUGCCUCCAGUCCAACCUGCAUCAACAACACCUGGCCCAGUGACACCUGGGGUGGCAACGCCAUCAUUAGCUCCGCCUAAUUUGUCCGCCCAUGGGCCCUCGACUCAGCAAAUCCAUGCCAUGGGGGCCCAGGCCGCCCAGAAUACGCAGAACCAGCAGUAUACGACCGCUACCAUGGCACCUAUCGGCCCACCACCACCAGCUCUGACAACCCCCGCCGCCGGUGGUGCUAUGGGUCCUCCUCAGAAGCCUGUUGAGCGACCGGUGAAGGAAACUGAAUAUGAUGUCACCGACUCUUUGGCUGGUACCGGUGUCGAUUUGCGUGCUGAAGAGCAGGCGUUGGCCGACUACUAUGCCGGAUCUUUCUCUCAGGACGCGAGGACUGGGCUGCCCGCAAAUCCGCCGGGUAGUAAGGCUUCUUUCUACGGUGCCGGAUGGGCCAAUCAGGCCUCACAACCUCUCGAUGGCAAAAGCCAGGAGGAGUUUGAGAAGGAGUUGGCAAAGAAGGCUUGGGAUGAAGCGGCACAUCGGUUGGCCUUGACGAGGGCAAACGAACUGAAAACGCCUUUCUUGGAGGUGGCCCCGCUGCAUUGGAAGGCCCAAAAGAUCGCCAAGGAGUACGGGUUGGAGCUCAACAGCGAGCUCAAGGGCGGUAGUGCAGUCAACAAGAGCAAGCCAGCCAAUGACCCUUCGUCAACGCAGCCCAAAGUCACGGUGAGCACAAAGACGGGUGAAGGUGGUGCUCUUGUUACUGUCACCAGCUCAUGGAUCCCGAUCGAUUCAUAUUUGAGUGACCAAAUAGCCCUGUUGUCGAUUGCUACAAAGCACAGGAUCCGGCAAAUAAUCGAGUCUGCGCAUACCAUUGCGAUUAACCGCCAGACGACUUCUCGUGGAGAGGUCCCGGCGGAGUGGGCUGAUGUGGCCGUGCCUCUGAAGACGGGGCUUAAUGAUGCCAUUCAAGAUGGCUUGGAAGCCGCCGCUGGUGUCGGUCCUCAGCCCAACCCCCUUAAGCGCUCCUACGACGCCGCCAAACUUAACGACCCCAACGUUACCAAAAACAAUCUCACCACCGCCCUGCGCGACACCGCUCGCGCCGACCGCAACCUCGAAGAAGCCCGCCUCCGCAAGCGCCAAAAGCGCCAAAACCCGGACACAGCUGCUGGUGGCACCGGUUCCCGCGCUGGCUCCGUGGCCCCGGGGACUCCCACCACCGCCGACGCCGACGGCAAGCUCCUCUCCAAGAAGGAACUCAAGCGGGGCGCCGCAGCCGCCAAGCUGGCCGAAGCCUCAUCCACCGCCUCAGCCAAUCAAACCCUCAACGCCAUCAUGGGCGGCUUCGGUCGCAAGAAGGGCAAGUCCUACUCGUGGAUGAACGCGGGCGCCGGCGGUGGCGGCGGCGGCGGGUCAGGCGCUAGCACUCCGCGCACAUCUCUAGGUGGCGAUGGCCUUUCUACGCCCGCUGGCAAGGCUGGCGCCGCGGCGGCGGCGGAUAAUAAACCGCAACAACUUACGUCGGAGAACCAGAAGAACCGGCUGGGCAUGUGGAGAGAGAAUAGUGACCAGGGGAAGAAUAUCCAGCUGAGAGAUUGGUUGGUGGCGCUGGAGAUGGAUGGGAUUGAAGUGAGAGCUAUUCAGGAGGCGUAUACGAGGCUGGAUGAGCCGCCGAGGACGAAGGUGGAUGAGGUUAAGUAGGGCUUACUUCAGCGUACCCAGAGUCAGGCGGGAAAGAAGGCGGGGAGAUCGAACGUGGCGGAGUCUAGACGGGAGAUGGCUAGGGGGAGGCGGUAGGGGGUUGAUGAGUGUACAUAUAUGAAAAGGAAAGGGGUUG